AUGGAACAGCAAAUAAUCGACAACGUCCGGGUCAAAGACAUCUCAUACUACACAACAGCCCAGACACCUCCAGCUGGCAUGCAACUGGAAGGAUCAGUCAAGCUGUUCACUCCCAUUACCAUCCGCGGAGGACCCUUGCAAACCUACUCUGCGAAAGAUGGCUAUGCCACUGAUUGCCAUAUUGCACACCUAGGCGGAAUCAUCCAGCGCGGCCCGGGGCUCGCAAUCAUGGAAUCCACAGCCGUACAGAAACCGUUGAAACGUAUCACCGAGUUCGCUCAUAGCCAAAGCCAAAAGGUUACUAUUCAACUAGCCCACGCCGGUCGAAAGGCUAGUGCUGUUGCUCCGUGGUUGAGCGCCAAUGCUAUGAUCGUUGAAGAAGCUGGUGGGUGGCCAGAUCAGAUUGUUGCCCUGUCGGCCAUUCCCCUUGAAGAAGGAAUCAGUAUCGUUCCCCGGGAACUCAGCUUGAAGGAAAUUUCUGCGCUGAAAAGGGACUUCGUGGAGGCUGCUAAAAGGGCCGUAAAAGCCAAUUUUGAUGCAGUUGAGAUUCAUGCCGCCCACGGAUAUCUAUUAAAGCAGUUUCUGAGCCCUGUCAGCAACAAAAGAACAGAUCAGUGUGGAGGGAGCUUUGACGACAGGGUCAGACUACUUUUAGAAGUCUGUGAGACGAUACGGGCCAGCAUUCCAGAAGAGAUACCUCUCUUGAUUCGGAUAAGUGCGACGGAUUGGCUUGAGUUUGAAGACGACUUGAAGAAAGAGUUUUCCAAGAGCUGGACAGUUUCCCAGUCGGUUCAGCUCGCUUCGCUUUUGGCUGACAGAGGUGUUGACCUGGUUGGUAUCAGCUCGGGUGGUGUGCACGCCAAAUCUGCCAUUGCAAUCAAACCAGGCCCUACCUAUCAGGUACAUCUGGCCCAAGAGAUCAAAAAAGCCGUGAGCGAUGGACUACUGGUAACAGCAUUCGGGGGUAUCAAAACAGGGCCUCUGGCCGAGGACGUGGUGUAA